UGGCCAGCGGGGACCGACGGGCGGAGGCUGGGCUGCUGAAGUACGAGGGGCGGAGCCCGGGCUGCCGCCGCCGCCGCCGCCGCCGUUGCCGCCGCCACUGCCUCCGCCGCCGCUGCCGCCAGAGAGGAGCAUGUCUGCAACUCGAGCCAAGAAAGUGAAGAUGGCCACCAAAUCAUGCCCCGAGUGCGACCAACAGGUUCCUGUUGCAUGUAAAUCAUGUCCCUGUGGUUACAUAUUUAUUAGCAGAAAACUUUUAAAUGCAAAACACCCAGAAAAAUCAUCUUCUACAGAAAACAAGCAUGAGGCCAAGAGGAGGCGAACAGAGAGAGUUAGGCGAGAGAAGAUAAAUUCUACAGUAAAUAAGGAUUUAGAAAACAGAAAGAGGUCUCGAAGUAACAGCCAUUCAGAUCAUAUCAGACGAGGAAGAGGAAGACCUAAAAGUGCAUCUGCCAAAAAACAUGAGGAAGAAAGAGAGAAACAGGAAAAGGAAAUUGACAUCUAUGCUAACCUCUCUGAUGAAAAGGCUUUCGUGUUUUCAGUCGCCUUGGCAGAAAUAAAUAGAAAAAUUAUUAAUCAAAGACUUAUUCUCUGAUAUUUGUCUGCAAAAUGUGUUGAAACUUUCUUCAGGAUUACAUCAGCAAAUUCUCAAACAGUUAUGAACUCCCAGGAGCAUUCUGACUGCAUCAAUAAGGGCCAUUGAUUGUUUUUUUUUUCUUUAUCAUUUAGCCUGUGGCACACUUUGGGAGCAAAGCUGCAGGCUUGGACUGUUCUGGGAUUUCCUUGUUUACCAAGGAGUAUUGUCAGUGUUUUGUGUUUGGGAUAUAAUGUAUUAACCCCCCCACCCCCCCACCCCCCCACCCCCGCUGAAAAGAAGAAAAAAAGCUGGAUGGCUUUUACAAGAUUAAGGGGUAGGGUUGGGAGUGGAAGUAAGAAAACAAGAGAAAUAAAAUGAUAGUUUGCAGGUUUGCCACCAGAGAUGCAAUAUUUUAAAUACUUUGAGAAAGAGUGACUUUUAAAAAUAUAUAUUUCAGAUUUUCAACACUGACAUUGCAUAUUUGCAGUUCAUUUAGUAAAUUGGCAAUUGAUAUUUUAUUGAAUGGGGAAUUAAUAAUAU